CGCUACAUUGGCUGAUGUGUCGAGCGCCUUGACUGCAAGACACAAGUGUACUUCUUAAUGUGUUUCUAAAUAGCGUAUAUUUAGUGUAAUUAGCUCGAUUGAGAGCAUUAUCAGCAUUGGUAUCGGCACCAACACCGAGGUUGAGUGAUGACAUCAUGGGGGCCUCAGAGCAGAGCAAUCAGACGCCUGAUCCCACGCCAGGACAGGAAGCAUGUUAUAUCGCCAGCUUGGACCUUGGCACCACCACUCUCAGGUGCUUCAUUUACGAUAAGGCCAUGCGGGUGUGCGGCAGGGCAGAGGAGAAGGUGACCCUCCUCUACCCCAGUCCUGAGCGCGUGGAGAUGGACCCCAAUGAGCUCUGGGAGAAGUUUGUGAAGGUCAUAAAUGCUGCGAUAUCGUCGGCAGGCCUCACUGCAGGCAACAUUCGCUGCCUGGGCUUGAGCACCCAACGGGCCACCUUUAUCACCUGGGACCGCAGAACAGGCGAGACGUUGCAUAACUUCAUCACCUGGAAAGACAUUCGUGCUGAUGCUUUAGUGACGCAGUGGAAUGCCUCUUGGAAGAUGAAGGGGAUCAGAUUUGUCGGCUCCCUUCUUUACAAAAUACUAAGGAAGAAGAGGUACAUGGCUGCCAGUGUUCUGAGAUUUAUGAAUAUUCAGGUGAACAUGAGAUUGAAAUGGGUCCUGGAAAAUAAUGAGCGAGUGAAGAGGCUAGCACGAGAAGGUAACGUAAUGUUCGGUACCAUUGACUGCUGGCUGAUCUACAAGCUGAGUGAGGGCAAGAUACAUGCAACAGACUACUCCAAUGCUAGUGGGACAGCCUUGUAUGAUCCUUUUAUAGAAGACUGGAAUUCCUUCUUCCUAAGCUUAUUGGCUAUCCCAAGGAACAUUUUCCCAGAGCUCCGAAACUCUGUGGGAGACUGGGGUAUCUGCCCUGCCAAGUUGUUUGGGGCGCCUAUACCUAUUACCGUUGUGGUGUCAGAUCAAGGUGCAUCACUGUGUGGAUCCUGUGGUUUUAAGCGUGGGGAUGUGAAAAUCACUCUAGGGACAGGUGCCUUCCUGAAUGUCAAUACAGGCAGUGAUGCCCAUGCAUCUGUGAAAGGUAUCUAUCCAGUGCACGGUUGGAAGGACAUGGAGGGUUUGGUGCAUAUGGCAGAAGCUUCGUCCAAUGACAACGGAACGGUCAUCGAAUGGGGACAGAUGAUCGGUCUCUAUGAUUCUCCCUCUGUAACAGCAGACCUGGCAGUGUCUGUGCAAGAUUCUAAAGGGGUGUAUUUCAUCCCAGCCUUUCAGGGGAUACAGGCACCCCUAAGUGAUGCCAAUGCCACGGGGGGCUUCUUAGGCCUCAGUGCCGAUACUAGCAAGGCCCACCUCGUCCGAGCCAUGCUAGAGUCCCUCGCUUUCCGAAUAUACCAGAUGUACAGCGCCAUGCUUAAGGAAGCGGACUAUGAACUACUGAGCUUAAGUAAGCGUUUACCUCUCAGGGUGGAUGGGGGUGUUGCGCAGAAUGACUUCCUGCUUCAGAUGAUCGCGACGCUCACAGGGAAGACUCUGGAGAGACCCAAGUCCAUCGACGUGUCUGCUUUAGGCUGUGCUUUUCUUGCAGGAAUGGGAGCAGGCAUAUGGAAGUCAAGGGAUGAGCUUAUCCCAUUGCGCCAGGUAGGAAGGACGUUUGAACCGCAAAUGGACCAGCAGCCAAAGCUCCUAGGGCAGAUGAAGGAGUGGGAGAGAGCUCUGCAGCGCUUCACAAAAUGGCACAAUAAUAGCAGCUCAGAGAAUGGUGUAAAGUACGAGGGUAGGAAGUUAGCUGUGGACAGUGGAGAAGCCGACCCUUGCUACAAGGGUGACAGAAGCAGGCACUUCAGCAGUGAAUGCAAUGCAUCUAUCCUUCACCAAGAGAAGAGCCAAGAGGAUGGAUUUUUUCUCCUCCAUGGUGGUAUCAAGAAUAGAUGCAGCGUCUUUGUCUGUAGUGCGCUGUUCAUCUUUUUUCUUAGUCUCGUUUUGUAUGGGUAACGUCAGGUUCAGACUGUCAUAAUGGGUGAUGUUUUUUUAUUCUUGAGAUUUUAUUCGAAAUUUACACGCACACGCGCACACACACACACACACACACACACACACACACACACACACACACACACACACACACACACACACACACACACACACACACACACACACACACACACAGUAUUUUUAUUUUCUUGUUAAACAAGCAAGCUCAUCUUUUGAAAUCAUUUGCUCAGUAAUAUGUUAAGAUAUUCAGGGUAAAGAUGUGAUGAUCAGUCAGUGAUUGCAUUGCCAUAUCAUAGGCCAGGAAUGUUUAUGGAAAUACAGGAUACAUGUAAUUGUUUGGGAAGUUCCUUCAUAAGGUAUAAGUGCAUUGUUAUCACAGUUGUUUGGAAUGUGCAGAAUACUCUUGGAGUGAGUUGAAGUUUUGUUUCUUCUUUGAUUUAUUUGUUUUGUCAAAGAAAAAAAAAAAAAAAAAAAACCUAGAAAAGACAUGUAUGAAUUUGUUUGUAUGGAUGUAUUGGGAAUGGUUAUGUUUAAAUAUAGUAGUCCACUAUCCAGAAUAGAAUCGGUGCAAGAAACAUUAUUUUGACAAAGCCUUUGAUAAAUCAUUCAGUAAAUAACGGCAUCAAAAUCAGACUCAAUAACAUUGCUUAAAAGAAAUGAUGUACAAUGUAACAUUUUCUCUCUUCCCUCCCUGAUUCUGCCCCUCUCCCCUCUCCCCUCCCUUUCCUUUCUACCCUAUCUUUCUCUCUCUCUCUCUCUCUCUCUCUCUCUCUCUCUCUCUCUCUCUCUCUCUCUCUCUCUCUCUCUCUCUCUCUCUCUCUCUCUCUCUCUCUCUCUCUCUCCCUCUCUCUCCCUCUCUCUCCCUCUCUCUCCCUCUCUCUCCCUCUCUCUCCCUCUCUCUCCCUCUCUCCCUCCCUUGCUUCCCCUUCUGAUUUUUUCCCCUUUUUCUUAGAGUUGCUCCUUUUGUUUGUCCUUCCUCCCAUAUCAACUGAUAUUGGUGCUAUUUGAUAUCAUUAAUAAUUCAUAUAUGAUACUUUCCUAAAGGAACUAGAGGCUUAUUUUUUUAAAGAUGGAUUUUGUUUCUUGUUUUUUAUUGUUUUUACUUUUAUGUGAUAUAUUUUAUUAGGAUUUUCUAAUGACAAACAUUGUAGAAGGAAUAUUGUCUGUGUGUUGUAUAGAAAAUAUGUGUAGUUAUAUUUUUAUACUAUUGUCAGUGUAUACUAUAAGAUUUUGCAUAUGUAAUAUAAGAGUGUUUAUACAAGUAAACAGUUCCUACAAAGUAAAUGCCAUUGUUCAUGUUAUACUGUUCUCUUCUUCCUUUCAAAUGAACAUAUCUUUUUGUAAGCUAUCCAAAUUGUCACAUUACAUUGUUCAUUAUUUUCAUGCUAUAUAGCUCCACAGGUGUCCAGCCACCAAAAACUCAAGUAAUAGCCCUUACUUACUGCUUCUGAUUUCCCCAUUCCUUGAGUUUUUUAUGCUAUUAAUACAGAUACUGUUACCAGCAUUAUGAUUAUACAAACAUUAUUAAAAUACUACUAAUAUAAAUAGUAAAUAAUAGUAAAUGUCUGAAAUCACUAGUGGUGUAUUGAAAAUAUAGCAGUAGGGUGGGGCUUGGGGGCAUAAACCCCAGGUAAGUUAGUGAUUUUGAUUCACAUAAGGCAAUGUUUGUGGAUUUCCAGAAUGUUUAAUAGACAAAACAAAUGUGCCAGACAUCAAAGGUCAUAGCAUUAUGAUAAAGUGUUGUGGUAAAAAGGUUAAAAAGGAGUUAACAAUUAGGAUAAGUGGACAGAUAGGGAUGAAAAGGAGAAGGAAAAGAAAAGAAGAAAAGACCAUCCAAAAUUUGUUGAGGCAAGGGCAGAGGUCCAUGGCAGGGGUGACCCCCUGCAUUGGGCCUCAGUCUCCUUACCUCCCAUGAGAACGAGCAAGGGAUUAGGGGUAGUAAAUAUGUAUCUUUCCAAAACACAUGAAAAAUAUAAGACUAGUAAUUGACUUCUUGCUAACUUAGAGCCAUCCCUGGGUGAACACAAUUGAUAAACUAAAGUUACAGUGGAAGUGGCAUGUAAUCAUACCAUCCACAUCCGUUGGGAUGGGUUAAAGCCCCUUAUUCAGGGAAACCAGUGGAUUGCCCAUGACUGCUGUGGGGUAUGAAUGGAUGACCCUGCCAGACACCAGCUCUACUGUUCAUGAUGACACAGGCUUUACCCAUUAAACAGGUUAAGUCCACUAGAUACUUCAGUUGUAUUGAUGAAGCCUAUCCUUCGAGUGUGAACCUCCAAUCCUUUACUCAUUUUUGUUGUGGGGAGGCAGAGACUGAGGCCCACUGUGGGGAUCACCCCUGCCUUGGAUCUCGGCCCUCACUUUAACUAAUCUAGUAGGGUCUUUUCUUCUCCUCCUUUCCUUUCCUUCCUCAUCCCUUCUUCUGUCUACUUAUUCUAAUUAUCAACUCAUUUUUACCCUUUUUGCCACAAUACGUUACCAUAAUGUUGUGUAACCUUUGAUGCUUGGUACAUUUGUUUGUUUUAACCACUGACCAUUCUGGAAGUCCACAAACAUCAUCAACCAUCAAUCAUCAUCAUCAAAGAUGUUUGUGGAUUUCCAGAAUGGUUAAUGGUCAAAACAAAUGUGCUAGGCAUCAAAGGUCAUCUAGCGUUAUGAUAGAGUACUGUGGUGUAAAGGGGAAGAAUGAGUGAACAAUUAGGAUAAAUGGAAAAGGAAAGGGGGAGAAGAAAUACCAUGCAAAAUUAGUUGAGGUGAGGGCUGAGGUCCAAGGCAGGGGGGAUUCUUUACAUUGGGCCUCCUCCUUAGCACCCAACAACGACAAGCAAAGGACUGGGGAGGGGAAUUUUCAAUAAAUGUAUAUAGUAACUGGGCUUUGCCCUCAAGCAUCAUGCUUUUGCUAUAUUUUUAAUACAUCGCUAAUGACAUUAGAUGUCAUAUAUAGGAAUGUGAAUAUUUUAAUUAAAGCAGUUGUGCUUUUGCUUUUUUUGCUUUUUCUAUGUCUGUGCUUGAUUUCAGAUGCAUUAAUCAAGUAGGGAUAUUCCACUGCCUGUUGCACCAACAGGAUAAAAGGAUUAACUUUUUUCUUCACCUUUUAAAUAGAGUCUCAGUAUGUUUAGGCCUUGAUAUGAAAGUUGGGGACAUAUUUGUUUAUAUUGGCCUGUCCACACAGAUUGGCAUAAUCCACAGUCACAAAUAGAGGUCACAGGAUGAUAAACUUCUUGGUAUACUAGUUUCUUGAUUUCUUACCUGUGAUGUCACCUUAACAGUUGCCCAUCAAUGUACCGGCCUGUGUGGGCAGGCCUCAUCAUUAAUGAAAUCAGUCGUCUUCCAUUUUGAUACAGGAAAUUCGUGUAUAGAAUCAUAAAUAUCCACACACGUACUGUAUGUAUAGGGUCUCUCAACAAAUGUAUAAAUGCAAUUAUAUUUUCGUUCAUGUGCAAAGCAUAAUGUUGAAAGGAAUGUGGUGUGGAUUAAAGAAAGUGCUGUUUUGAUUUCAUUUAUUUACUUAUUUCAGAGAAGUUUAGCAUUUCUAGCAUUUAUAAAAGUAUACAUCGUUCAGAAGUUGGUAGAUUCUUAAAUUUUAUUUCUAUUUAUUAAAUGGUCACGAUAUGUCACUCGCAUGCACGUCAAAAAGGGCACAAGAUUUAACAACGGAUGAUAUUCUGAGGGAUUGGGUCUCAUUUUUGAUUUCGUUAAUUAUUCCCCACCCCUUUGUUUCCAAGUCAAAGUACUUGCUGAAAUCCUGCCUUUUUUUUUUUCUUCACACAAAUCUUAAUCUGAAGAUAAGUGUCGAGUUUCAUUUGCAGUGAAUACCUUGGACACCCCCUUCCCUAUACACGCAUGAAGAGCAGUCAGAUCAUGAAAUCCAUAUUGAAAUUUAAGCUUUCAUUGACUUGCAGCAUAUUCCUCAUGAGCAAAAUAUGCAGCCACUUUAAAUUCUAAAGUUUAAAAGACAUUUUCCUGACCAUUUUUACAUUUCACUAGGUUUUUAAAACUUAAUGGUAGGCAUAGGCGAGUGGAGAGCAAGAUGGAAUGUUCAAAAUAUUAUUUCUUGUGUAUAUGUAUGUACACAGUUUUGGUAUAAACAGGACAUCAUUGAUUAUGAUGAACCUGUAAUACAGUAGUAUGUGCCAAGCCCGAGUUAUUAGGAAAUGAUUAUCUACCUCUGCUGCGAUUUAUACUAGGAAACGACACGCUUGGCAAGUUACUGUGGAGUUUGUCAUUACAAAAAAGUGAAGGUUUCCUUGAAAAGUGUAUUAGGUAAAGGACAGUUGUUCUGGAGUGUCAGCAAGCUACUUGUGUAAUGAUUAUUAGCAAGAUGUGGAUCUUACAAGAACCUAGUAGUAAUAUUCCACACUGUGCAAUCUAAAAUGUUCCAACAGCCUGUACAAGGUUAUGAAAUAUAAUCCCUCCAGUUUUGUUUAUUUGGACGAAAGCCUAGUUCGUUCUUUCCCUAAACUAAUAAUCUUUAAGUUAACCCUUUAAGCCAUGGCAACUCCCAACUUUUUAGCAGCCUUUCCACUGAAGAUGUAACCAACAAAUCAAAAGAAGCAAGCCUAAACCAGUCACACCUACCAGGCAGCAAUUUCUGUGCACCUCCAUUUGAAAUUAUAGAUGAAGAAAUCAAUCAAAAUCUUUCCUCCAGACUAGCUCUUCUGAAACUAACCCAAGUCAAGCUUACCUUCCUAUUUUAACACAAAAUUGAGUGUUACAGCAGUAUCCUUUUUCAUAAUGCCGCUUACUCAGGGUAAUAUGCAAUAUAUUCAAAGGUGUAGCUUUCACUUUUAGAGGAUAACUAAUGAAAAACUGCUCUUUAUCCUUUCAUGUAUUAUGUACAGCUCCAAUAAAAGUUUACUUCCAUAGCAUUUCAUUUUAUUUGUGCUCCUUGAUAAUAAAACACUGAAGAGGUUUAGUGCUCAGUGUUUGCAAGACUAAUGGAAGUUCGGGAAAAAAAAAAAAAAAAAAAAAAAAAAAUCAUGAAUAGUUAUCUGUACGAGUGGCAGAAGGCACAAUGAAGGUUUGCACAUUUCAUGUUCUACCAACAUUAGUAUUACAAUUGCUUACACCACUAAUUAAAAGUGACUGCCAUUGACUUUGCAUAUUGAUGCCAUUAAAGUGAAGUUUCAAUUUUAAAAAUAUCUUUGGCAGUUACUUCCAACAUUUCUGCCUAAUUACUCAUAACCAAAGCUGAUGGAAUCAGUGGAUUAAGAGCAGGUAUUAAUCAUAGUUCAAAGUUUCAUGUGCCUGAAAUUUAGGAUAGCAAUCAAUUGGCCAACCAUUAAAAAGAAAUUUAUUUUAGACAAGUUGACAAUGAUCCUACAAUAAAAUCAUACAAAACCCUUUAAGUAAUGGUAAUUCCUUUUUCCAGACAAAGGCAACAGCCAAUGCAAACAAAAGAUUUUGAGCAGUGUCAAUUACAAAAUGUACUUUGAGCCAAUACUUGGCCAAUGCCUAUGAACAUGAUUCCGUUAUAUAAAGCUUAUAUUAUACUUAAUGAACGCAGACUGAUAUUUCACACUGAUGUGAUGACAAAGAUACAAAUGGAAGAGCUUCAGGUAAUACUAAACUUGCCUCAGCCAACACGUGGCAGCGGGCGACACUGGUAUAGCGUUCCAGGCACAAUCCACCAACUUCAAGUCAAUCAAUGCAGACCCACUGAACCACAUUCUUUGCCAAGAAUUCAGAGAGACAAGUCUCUCUGGAAGAACACACUGGAUGGCACUUGUGUCCACAUUCUUCACAAGAAGGGGUCUCGACUUGUCAAUGCUACUCAUCAUGGGAUAACAGCCAGAGCUUGAACCAGUGCUACACUGCUGCCACCCACCUACAUGCCAACCAAUUUGAAUUAUAAUCAAAAUAAUAUAAUCAGAAGUAUAAAACAAUGAGUCCCCUGAUGCUGCGUGGGUAGCAUAAACAGUUGCUGCCCGGGCAUGACUAGGGCAGCAGUGACCGCAGUGCGGGUGGUACUGAAAGACCCCUCACAGUGCAGUUGGGUCGGCAAGAGCCGAGACCAGUGUUACACCAGGGUGGAAAGUAACAAACACA